AUGGAGCCGGCAUUGCGACGAGCAGCCUCCAGCGUCUGCGGACAAUGUUCCGCGACAUUGAGGAGGCAAUUGGUCUCCAACAGCGGUGUCAGAACCGUUUCCAGAAUCGCACCAGCCCACUCGACGAGGGGUCUACAUUCCACCGUCCCGAGGAAAUCAAAGGCGAAUAAUGCGACGAGGCAAUUCUCUUCAACGACCAAAGUCUCUAGCGAGGCAGCGGCUGCUAAGCCCGUGAGCACCGGGACGGCAACCCGGAAGCUUCGUUCGGACGAUCUUUUCCACUCCUUCACGAAUUCGCCCAUUCCCGAGAUCCGGCGUCGAGCGGCCUUCAUGAGACAACAUGCGUACUGCCCGCACCCAGACCACAGAGCAACUCGCGUACCCACGAUUGCACCGCAGGGCGAUGAGCACACACACCAGACUGGAAACCUUGCGCCGGCGCAUGUUGACUUCGAAUGCCCCGACUGUGGAGUUCCUGUUUACUGCAGCAAGGAGCACUGGAUGGAUAAUUACGAGGCACACCUUGAGAUCUGCGAUACAUUGAAGGAGAUCAAUGAGGAUGACCAUGAUCUGCGGUCUGGCCGUGCUUUCCCAGAGUUCGUCAUGGCCGACGACCAAAUGCCGGAGGCCGUUGUCAACAUGACCAACUGGGAUACGUUCAUGUACAGCCGAGAGUUUGAGGCUAUCAACGACGAGCGUAGCAUGAGGCAGGUCACGAAGAUGCUUACGUACCCCAUUACUAUUGGCAGCAUUCUGCAUGAGCUUAGCCCGUACAGCGUAAAGCAGGGCGAAAGGCUCACAAGCGAGGGUUUGAAGAGUUUGAGUGCUUUGCGUUAUACACUUCACCCCCCUCUUUCAGGAAAGGGCACAGAUAUGAAGGACCUUCGUCCUGAGGCGCCGCCUGUGAGAGUGUUCUGCUUGGGCGCUCGCGCCGAGUCGUCCCUUCCGAGAAACGUCUGGCUUCAGCUGGCGCAUCUGUUCCCCGAGAGCAAGAUUCACCUCAUUUUCAUCGGCCCUGAAAGUAUGGCGAACAGGGAUGACGAAUUCCCGCUGCCCCCCAGAACACCUGAGAACCCUUUCGGCAUGGUGAUUGAAGACCGGAUAUCUCACAAGCUGAAGAUCAGCACUAUUGUGGACUACUAUCAUACGAUCCACAAGACGGGAUACUUUGCGCCAUAUGACCCAUACUUUGACUGCUUCUGCCUUUUCCACCCCGGCCUGGGUCACCCGGCGAGCAGCCACGAAUGGUCCGAGACUCUGCCGAUGCUUCUUGAGACGAAGCUUCCCAUCAUUGCCACGGGAUACACCCAGUUCGACAUGGAGAGAGACAUUGAGUGGGUUCGUAAGACUGCCGCUGGCGAGUUCGAUAUUCUUUUGGAGCCCGGCGAGAACCGUUUCCGCAGUCUGAGGUGGGAUCUCAACGACCUCGACCCUCAGGACGUCAGCUGCGGAAACUGGGGAGUCUGGGCAUUCCGUGGAAAGAGGUAUGAAACGGCGACCAAGGAUCUCUGA